AUGACCAACAACACCGCAGGGGUGGAGUUCUGGCUGCUGGGGUUCCAUAGUGUUCCUGGCUGGCAGACCCUGCUUUUCUUUGUGUUCUUGGUCAUCUACAUCCUAACCAUCACAGGGAACAUUGUCAUCAUCUCGGUGGUAAGGCUGGAACCCCGGCUCCACUCGCCCAUGUACACUUUCCUCCAGAACCUCUCCUUUCUGGAGAUCUGCUACACCAGCACCAUCAUGCCCAAGAUGCUGGCAAACUUACUGGUAGAAGAAGGCCCCCUAAUUUCUGGAUGCAUGGCACAGCUCUAUUGCUAUGUCUUCUUGGGGGCCACUGAGUGCUUCCUCCUGGUGGUGAUGGCUUAUGACAGGUACCUCGCCAUAUGUUACCCAUUACACUACACAGUGGCCAUGAGUGAUACAUCUUGUACCCGCCUGGCCACGGUCUCCUGGGUGACUGGCAUCUUCACCGGGCUCUUACCCUGCUUCCUAAUCUCCAGGCUCCAUUUCUGGGGCUCCAACCAGAUUAAACAUUUCUUCUGUGAUAUCCCUCCAUUGCUCAAGCUCUCCUGCUCAGACACCUCCACUACCGAAGUCAUCAUAUUCAUUCUUUCCCUCCUGGUCCUCGUCAGCUGUCUGCUGCUGACCCUAGUAUCUUACCUCUUCAUCAUUCUCACCAUCCUGAAGAUCCCGUCCUCCUCUGGGAAGAGGAAGACCUUCUCCACCUGUGGCUCACACCUGGCCGUGGUGGCCAUCUACUAUGGCACCAUGAUCUCCAUGUAUGUCCGCCCUACCUCCAGCCUGCCCUCGGAGCUCAAUAAGAUUGUUUCUGUGUGCUACACCAUUAUCACCCCCCUCCUGAACCCCGUCAUCUACAGCCUGAGGAACAAGGACUUCAGGGAUGCUUUAAAGAAAGUAAUCAGCAGGCAGUGCAGUCUGCACAGAGUGUAA